AUGCAUAUACCACCAGAAACUGAUGAAAACGACGUCGUUCGCAACAAAUUAUCAGAUCGAACCGGUUGCGACGGCGGCGGUGUUCUGUUUUUCAAUUUCCUCCGGCGAUCGCUCAAUCGUUUCAUCCACUCGAAGCCGCGGCGGCGGCUGCUCUGUUUCUGCCGCCGCCGUGAAUCGCCGGAGAAGCGAUUCUCCGUCAUCUUCUUCGACGCGGAGGGCGUGCAGGUGGCGGAGAAGUUCAACGGCGAAAACCCUAGGAUAUUCAGCUACUCCGAGCUCUACAUCGGCUCCAACGGCUUCCACGACGGCGAAUUGCUCGGCAGCGGCGGAUUCGGCAGGGUCUACAGGGCCGUUCUGCCCAGCGACGGCACGGCGGUCGCCGUCAAGUGCCUGGCGGAGCGCGGCGACACCUUCCAGAAGACCUUCACGGCGGAGCUUGUCGCCGUCGCCCACCUCCGCCACCGGAACCUCGUCCGCCUCAGGGGAUGGUGCGUCCACGACGGCCUCCUCCUACUCGUGUACGACUACAUGCCCCACCGGAGCCUCGACAGAGUCCUUUUCCGGCGGCCGGAGAAUCCCCUCACCUGGGAAAGAAGAAAGAGAAUCGUCGCCGGAUUAGCUUCCGCUCUGCACUACCUCCACGAACAGCUCGAAACUCAGAUCAUUCACCGAGACGUCAAAACCAGCAACGUAAUGCUCGAUUCCAAUUUCGAACCCAAAUUGGGCGAUUUCGGGUUAGCCCGGUGGCUCGAACACGACCUCGAUCCCUCCUACGAGCCCAAAACGCCGCCGGUUUCGACCAACCGCCGCUUCCGGCUGGCGGAGACAACCGGAAUCGGCGGCACGAUCGGGUACCUACCGCCGGAGAGCUUCCAGAAGAGAAAAACCGCCACCGCGAAAUCGGACGUCUUCAGCUUCGGAAUCGUCGUUCUUGAAAUUAUCUCGGGUCGACGUGCGGUGGAUCUUACGUACCCGGAUGACCGGAUUAUUCUCCUCGAUUGGAUCCGACGGCUCUCCGACGAGAGGAAUCUUCUAGAAGCAGGGGACUCCCGGCUUCUAGAUGGUUCUUACGAACUCUCCGACAUGGAAAAAAUCAUAAGACUCGGUCUUAUGUGCACACUCCACGACCCUCAAUCGCGUCCUAGUAUGAAAUGUGUACUCGAGCUUCUCUCGGGAGACGUGCACGGUGAAUUACCCAAACUACCCUCGUUCCGGUCCCACCCUCUCUACAUCUCCCUUUCGUCGACGACCACAACCAAUACGACGACGACAACGACGAAGGCGAAUUCUAAUUCGUCGGGAGUCGUAAGCAUUAGUACGACUUCAUCGGGCUUCGUCACCGCAAAUGCAGAGACCCUAUAUUUGACUGCAGACGAGUCCGAGAGAAGUAGGGGUGUGUCCGUCUUUAGUACAUCUCGAAAGGACAAGAGGACUUUCGUCGACUUGGAAACCCCUAGAGCGAUAACCUACGACGAGAUAGUUUCCGUCACGGACAACUUCUCCGACUCGCGCAGGGUGGCGGAGGUCGACUUCGGGACGGCAUACCACGGCUUUCUCGAGGGGGGACGCCGCCACGUCAUCGUGAAGCGUCUCGGCAUGAAGACAUGCCCCGCCCUACGGAAGAGGUUCGCGGACGAGUUCCGGAACCUCGGGCGGCUCCGCCACCGGAACCUUCUCCAGCUCUGCGGGUGGUGCACCGAGCAAGGAGAGAUGCUCGUGGUCUACGACUACUCCACGAGCCGCCACCUAAGCCGCGUCCUAUUCCAUAAUCAUCAUCGAAAAGAAAAAAAUUGGAAAUCGGAGCUAAGUUGGCGUCAGAGGUACAACAUCGUCAGAUCGCUCGCGUGCGCUAUUCGCUACCUCCACGAGGAGUGGGAAGAGCAAGUGGUGCACCGGAACAUCACUUCCUCUGCGGUUAUACUCGAUCAAGAUUCAAGUCCGAGGCUCGGCUCGUUCGCCCUAGCCGAGUUCCUGACGAGGAACGAAGACGGGCAACACGUAUCGCCCGUCGACAAGAAGAAAUCGGUCCGGGGGAUUUUCGGGUAUAUGUCGCCGGAGUAUAUCGACUCCGGCGACGCGUCAACAAUGGCCGACGUCUAUAGCUUCGGGGUCGUUCUUCUCGAGGUGGUCACCGGGCAGGUGGCGGUUGACUUUAGUCAACGGGAGGUGUUGCUAGUGAAACGAGUGCACGAGUUAGUCGAAGAGCAGAAAAGGGGUUACGAGGAGUUGGUGGAUUGGAGAUUGGACGGAGAAUUCGAGGGGAGUGAAUUAGAGAGGGUGGUGAAAUUAGGGAUUGCGUGUACACGGUCCGAUCCGGAGUUGAGACCGAGCAUGAGGCAGAUAGUGAGCGUAAUGGACGGUCACGAUCGAUGGCUUGUCGAGAUGGAGUCGAAGAAGGAGGGCGGAGACGAGUGGAGACGGAGGAAUCGAGCUUGUAUGUGUAUGGUUAGAAGAAUGCAAGCUCUUGGUAUACAUUGAUGUUUUCUUUUUUUUUUUUUUUUUUUUUGUACAUUUUUUGUGUUUGGGAUUUUGAAAAGAUAUGUUUUGUUCUUGUGUUUAUGUAAUUGACACAACAAUUUCUUAUUUUUGCAACAAUAUUAUAUGGCUUGAGUUCAAAUU